AUGGCGGCGGACGCCGGCCUCGACGUGGCGGCGGUGGAAAGUUUCCUCGACAGGCACCCGGAGCUGGUGGAGAAGUGGCUGAAGAGGAGAAACUCGCGGCGGGCGUCCCACAAGGAGCUGCGGAAGAGCUUCGCCCGCUCCAAGGCCAUCCACGUCAACCUCACCUACGACGAGCAUGUGCACGCCCGGGCACAGGAGCCGCUGAGCAGCGUGCGGCGGCGGGCCCUGCUGCGGAAGGCCAGCUCCUUGCCCCCCACCACGGCACACAUCCUCAGCGCCCUGCUGGAGUCCCGCGUCAGCCUGCCCCAGUACCCCCCGCCCGCCCUGGACUACAAGCGCUACCUCAAGGAGCACAACGAGCGGCAGUUCUUCCUGGAGCUGGUCAAGGACAUCUCCAACGACCUGGACCUCACCAGCCUCAGCUACAAGAUCCUCAUCUUCGUCUGCCUCAUGGUGGACGCCGACCGGGGGUCCCUCUUCCUUGUGGAGGGGGCGGCCGCCGGCAAGAAGAGCCUAGUCUCCAAGUUCUUCGACGUGCACGCCGGCACCCCGCUGCUGCCCUGCGGCUCCACCGAGAACAGCAACGAGGUGCAGGUGCCCUGGGGCAAGGGCAUCAUCGGCUACGUGGCGGAGCACGGAGAGACGGUCAACAUCCCCGACGCCUACCAGGAUCGACGCUUUAAUGAUGAGAUUGACAAACUCACUGGAUACAAGACCAAGUCACUCUUAUGCAUGCCCAUAAGAAACAGUGAUGGAGAAAUUAUUGGUGUUGCCCAAGCAAUAAAUAAGAUUCCUGGAGGUGCCCCCUUUUCUGAUGAUGAUGAAAAAGUGAUGCAGAUGUAUCUCCCAUUCUGUGGGAUUGCCAUAUCCAAUGCCCAGCUGUUUGCAGCUUCAAGGAAGGAGUACGACAGAAGCAGGGCUUUGCUGGAAGUAGUGAAUGACCUCUUCGAAGAACAGACUGACUUAGAGAAAAUUGUCAAGAAAAUUAUGCAUCGGGCCCAAACCCUACUGAAGUGUGAAAGGUGCUCCGUAUUACUUCUAGAAGAUAUUGAAUCACCAGUGGUGAAAUUUACAAAAUCCUUUGAGUUGUUAUCUCCAAAAUGCAGUGCUGAUACUGAAAACAGUUUCAAAGACAGUGUGGAGAAAUCAUCAUCUUACUCUGACUGGCUAAUAAAUAAUAGCAUUGCUGAACUUGUAGCUUCCACGGGUCUCCCAGUGAAUAUCAGCGACGCUUAUCAGGAUCCCCGCUUUGAUGCUGAAGCUGACCAGAUUUCUGGCUUUCACAUAAGGUCUGUUCUGUGUGUUCCUAUAUGGAAUAGCAACCACCAAAUAAUCGGGGUAGCUCAAGUGCUGAACAGGCUUGAUGGGAAACCCUUUGAUGAUGCUGACCAGCGACUGUUUGAGGCUUUUGUUAUUUUUUGUGGCCUCGGCAUCAACAAUACAAUUAUGUAUGACCAAGUGAAGAAAUCCUGGGCGAAACAGUCUGUGGCUCUUGACGUGUUAUCUUAUCAUGCAACUUGUUCAAAGGUAGAAGUGGAUAAAUUUAAGGCAGCAAACAUCCCUCUGGUGUCAGAGCUUGGCAUUGAUGACAUCCAUUUUGAUGACUUCUCACUUGAUGUGGAUGCCAUGAUUACUGCAGCCCUGCGGAUGUUCAUGGAACUUGGAAUGGUUCAGAAAUUUAAAAUUGACUACGAGACACUGUGUAGGUGGCUUUUGACGGUUAGGAAGAAUUAUCGAAUGGUUUUAUACCACAACUGGAGGCAUGCUUUCAACGUGUGCCAGCUAAUGUUUGCCAUGUUAACUACAGCAGGAUUCCAGGAGAUUUUGACUGAAAUUGAAAUUUUAGCUUUGAUUGUGGGAUGCUUAUGUCACGACCUUGACCACAGGGGAACCAACAAUGCCUUCCAAGCCAAGAGCGGAUCAGCCUUAGCUCAGCUCUAUGGCACCUCUGCUACCUUGGAGCACCACCAUUUCAAUCAUGCUGUCAUGAUUCUCCAAAGUGAGGGUCACAACAUCUUUGCUAACUUGUCCUCUAAGGACUACAGUGACCUUAUGCAGCUUCUAAAGCAAUCGAUAUUGGCAACAGACCUCACUCUGUAUUUUGAGAGAAGGACUGAGUUUUUUGAACUUGUCAGUAAAGGUGGUUAUGAUUGGAAUAUAAAGAAACAUCGAGAAAUAUUUCGAUCAAUGCUAAUGACAGCCUGUGACCUUGGAGCUGUGACCAAACCGUGGGAGAUUUCAAGACAGGCGGCUGAGCUGGUAACCAGUGAGUUCUUUGAACAAGGAGACAGAGAAAGAUCUGAACUGAAACUCACCCCGUCAGCCAUUUUUGAUCGGAACAGGAAAGAUGAACUACCCAGGUUGCAGCUCGAGUGGAUUGAUAGCAUCUGCAUGCCAUUGUAUGAGUCUCUAGUGAAGCUGAAUGCGAAACUGAAGCCUAUGCUGGACUCUGUGGCAGUAAACAGAGGUAAAUGGGAGGAGCUGCACCAAAAAAGACUUCCUUCUCAGGCAGCAUCCUCGACCUCCUUUUCCUCUAGCUUUACCGUGUCUCUCAAAGACAUAAAUUAA